AAUGGAAAUGUUUUUAUUGGCCCUGGCCAUUGUCAUUUUCACAGUGCUGUUCUUUAAGGGCAUUAAGAUAUUCAAUUAUUUGGAUCAUGUUGCUGGGAUUAUGGAAAUGAUACCUGGACCCACACCCUAUCCAUUUGUGGGAAAUCUAUUUCAAUUUGGUCUGAAACCAGAUGAAUAUCCCAAGAAAAUUUUACAAUAUUGCCGGAAAUAUGAUUUCCAAGGAUUCCGUUCGUUGGUCUUCUUUCAAUAUCAUGUCAUGCUGAGUGACCCAGCCGAAAUACAGAACAUGCUCUCCAGCUCAUCUUUGUUGUACAAAGAACAUUUGUAUUCAUUCCUGCGUCCAUGGUUGGGUGACGGCCUGUUAACCAGCUCCGGUGCCAGAUGGCUUAAACAUCAAAAAUUAUAUAUGCCUGCCUUUGAUAACAAAGCCGUUGAGGGUUAUAUGAAGGUUGUAAAUAAAACGGGUAAAAAAUUCGCAAACAAAUUGCGGCAGCAUGCCGAGGAUGGUGAGGUCUUUGAUAUCCAGGAGAUUGUUCGGAAGUGUACGUUGGAUAUUGUGUGUGAAAAUGCCACCGGUGUCCCCAGUAACUCCCUGGAUGACCAGCCAUCAAAUAUGCAUGCCGCCAUUGCUGAUUUGUGUGAUGUCAUCCAGGAGCGUACCUUUAGUAUUGUCAAGCGAUUCGAUACCCUGUUCUAUUUGACACCGUACUUUAGCAAGCAGCGCAAGGCCCUGAGGGAAUUGAAAACGGAAAUGAAUCGGAUUGUCGAACAACGUCGCCGCCAAUUGAAAGACGAUGCUGGCAAGGAUUUAAUUAACAAGGACGAAUUAAAACCAUUUUUAAAUGUCCUCUUAAAUGCCAAAUUGGAUGGAAGAGAAUUGAAAUUCCGUGAAAUAUUUGAAGAAUUGUCGACAUUCAUAUUUACGGGUCAUGAUCCCACUGCAUCGGCAUUAUCCUUUACCCUCUACACCCUGUCUCGCCACCCAGCCAUACAGCAGCAAGCCUUCGAAGAACAAAAGAAAAUAUUUGCAGAUAAACAAGGUCAGGAAUUUAAGGAUGUGGAGGCAACAAUUGAGGAUCUGCAGAAGAUGUCCUAUUUGGAAAUGGUGAUAAGGGAAACAUUGCGUUUAUAUCCUGCGGUGCCAUUGAUUGCCAGAACCAAUCGCAAGGGAAUUGAUAUAAAUGGCACGAAGAUUGCCCGCCGCACCACUGUCAUCAUGUGCCUCAUUGCCAUGGGCUAUAAUGAGAGGUAUUUCGAAAAUCCCUGUGAAUUCAAACCGGAACGUUUUGCCAAUGUCAAUGCCAAUGAUUUGGAAAAGAAGGGCAUCGAGGCCUUUAAGAGUGUGCCCUUCAGUGCGGGACCAAGGAAGUGUAUAGCCGAAAGAUUUGCCAUGUUCGAAUUGAAAUCGCUGCUCUCUCAGGUAUUACGAAACUAUGAAAUUCUACCCGCCAAGGAUGGCCUGUCAUCGGGCAUUAAUGAUCACUCCCGUAAGGGUUGUGUACCCGAAAGUGAAUAUGAUCCGAUUUUAAAUAUUAGAGUUACUCUCAAAUCGGAAAAUGGUAUUUUGGUGAGAUUGAAGAAGAGGAAUUAAAUGUCACAAAUUAAAAAAAA